UCCACACCCACCAGCGUGGAGAUGGAGCUUGGAGGGGGUCCAUCCAAGACCCCCGACUGGGUUCACUGGGGUCUGGCCGUCCCGGGCAGGGAGGGUUUUUCAUGCAGAUCCCAACGGCUUUGCCUUUUCUUGCUGGAAACUCCCCCGAAAUACCCCGAAUUUCUCUCCCCCCAGCACAGCAGCCCUUCUGGCAGCCACUGUCCCGGCAGCCCUGGGGUCCCCACUGCCCCUCCACCACCCUCAGUCCUGGAAGGUUUGAUCCUUCCCAGCUCUGCUCCAUCAGCAUCCAGAGGGAAAACUGGGGAUUUCUCCCGGUCCCACAGGAUGAACCCCCCCAGUUUGGCCUCCAGCCCUUCCCGCAGGCUGGGGAGGAGGGAGGGGGCUCCGUGGAGGGGGGCUGGCAUCUUCCACCUCCGGCGCCCCCCCUUUUCAUCCCUGCGGGGUUUUCCCUUGCCGGCACUUUGUGCCGUCUCCCGGCGACGGCGAGGGGAGCCAAGGCUGGGCAAAACCCUGCCCACCAUCCCUUUUCUUUCUGGCUGUGCCAGGAGGAUGCUUGGCAGGAGCAGCAGCUUUUUGGGGAGGCGGAGAGAGGGUGGGCACUGGACCCCCACAUGCCCCCAGCCCACACAGAGCGGCUGAGCGAUGCUUCCCCUCUUUCCCUGCAUCCCAACCCUGCCCAGAAGUCCCGUCUGGAUCCCAACACCGGGCGCUUUCAGCUCGUUUCCAGGAUGUUCCCUCGUGCCUGGGGGCGGGAAUGGCUGUGGCCACACACUGCUGGCACCCCACAGUGGCACCCUGAGCUCCAAGAACUACCCGGGCACGUACCCCAACCACACCAUGUGCCGCUGGCGGCUCCAGGCGCCCCUGGGCACCUCCCUGCUCCUGGCGUUCGGGGACGUGGAUCUGGAACCCUCGGAGCACUGUGCCCACAGCUCCCUGCUGCUCUCCGACCCCCAGGCUGGCACUGCCUACGGGAGCCCCAACCCUCUCCACGGCCCCGUCCCUGCGGCAGGGCCCUACUGCAGGAACUCCGUCCCCUCUGCCCCGCUCCUGGUGACAAACUCCAGCUCUGUGACCGUCCUGUUCAACAGCACCAGCCACCGCUCGGGGCGAGGCCUCCUCCUGUCCUAUGCCACCUCUCAGCACCCAGACCUGGUCUCCUGCCUGGUUCGAGGCACCCACUACACCCAGGAGCACAUCAGCGUGUACUGCCCUGCGGGCUGCAAGGACAUCCACGGGGACAUCUGGGGCAACCCCAGCCAGGGCUACCGGGACACCUCGGUGCUGUGCAAGGCCGCCGUGCACGCCGGGGUGAUCGCGGACGAGCUGGGCGGGCAGGUCACGCUGUCCCGGGAGAAGGGGAUCACGCUCUAUGAGUCAGCCUUUGCCAACGGGCUCCACUCCAAAAGGGGAUCCCUCUCCGAGAAGCGACUCGUAUUCCACAAAGCCUGUGACGAUGUGCUGGAGGUGGCCGCCUUCAACGCCUCAUCCUGGUGGCACGAGGUGGAUGUGCUGGGCCAGGUCAGGGCCUGGGUGGCCGAACGGGCGGCACUUGGCACCGCUGGCCACUCCUGGGCAGCCGAACCCAGCGCUGAGACCGCCUGGCUGGAGCUGGACCUGGGCACCCGCAGGAAUGUCACAGGCAUCAUCACAAAGGGCUCCUCCGAGCAGCUACGGGACUACUACGUGACGUCCUACCGGGUCUCCUCCAGCCGUGAUGGGAAGAACUGGAAACCCUACAGGGGCAGUGCCAGCCAGGAGGACAAGGUCUUUGAAGGAAAUGCUGACAGCCACGGGGAGGUCUCCAAUGCCUUCAUCCCCCCCAUCGUUGCCCGCUACGUCCGUGUCACACCCCAGAGGUGGCACCAGCGCGUGGCCCUCAAGGUGGCCCUGGUGGGCUGCCCCCUGGCGCGGGUCCGUGCGCCCCGGCCCUAUGUGCCCAGUGUCCCCAAGGAGGUCCCUGUGCCCACCAGCCGCCUGUCCACCCACACCCCCAUCCCUGGCAUUGCCCUGGACCCGGAGAAGGCAGGCUCCACGCUGCUGGUGAUGCUGCUCAUUGGUGGCUUCGUGCUCCUCUGCUCCGUCCUCCUGCUCCUGGCUUUCCUCUGCCAUAGGAAAAGGAAAUCAGCAGCAGAGCUGAACUGUGGGAUCACAAAAGGGUACCCCAAGCUGGAGUCAAGCCAGGUGUGCUCCCUGCAGAGCUUGCAGCCCCCCAGCCUGGCCCUGUUCCCCACGGCACCUGCACCAGGAGACCUCAGCCGGACCCAUUCCCCAGAGUACGCCGAGCCAGACCUGGUGCAGGUGAGCCCCAGCAGCCAGACGGGUCCCUCCACCUUCAAGCCGCUCCUGGACGAGGGCUACACGCUGCCGCUGGUCCUGAGCCACUACGACGUGCCAGGGAAGCACCACGAGUACGCGGAGCCGCUGCCCCCGGAGCCCGAGUACGCCACACCCUUCAGCGAGCCCGAGCCCCCCGGGACGCGCCGCAGCCCCUGCGGCAUCGCGGGGCCCCCCGGGUGCCCCCCGGCGCGGUACCGGACCCCCGCCCCGCGGCCCGGGGAGGAGCGGACUGGCAGCCCCUGCCCCGAGGGGUCCCGCGGGGACGGUCCCCUCGCACACGUGUAUCACGAAGCCUUGUGAGGAGGGGGAGCACGGUACCGGGAGGGGGGGAGGAUGUGCGGGGGAGGGAGCUUCCCCGCGGUCCCCGGAGGGCUUUUUUAAAGAAUAAUCCUAUUUAAAUAUAUAUAUUAUAUAUA